AUGGGCACGGGUCUGUGGAGAAGGAGCAACUGGACCUUGCAACUCUUAGAGUCCUGGUGGCAGGCGCUUGACAAGGACUCCAACCGGAAUGAGCAAGAGGUGCUCGAGCAUUUUCUAACAACAAACCAGCAUGGAUGCUUGAAGCGGCUGAUCUUGUUGCCAGCCGGGCGGCUGAACAGCGAGUCCAGCAAUCCCAUCGCUGCACCUCCUUGGCGUCAGCACGUCGUGCACCUGGCUGGCAUGCCGAAUGCCGUACGCACGGAGGUCUUCAAGAGUUUGUGGGCAGAGGUUUGCCAGCUAGACUCGCCAAAGGAUGGGUGGUGGCUGCGACAGCUACUGAUCAAGUCGCUCACGGACUUCACCAUGCUGCUGCCGGACGUACCAGAAAUCCAGGACUCCGAUUGGACACGCCUGUCAGAGUCCUCCCGCGUGGCACGGCGACUGGCGUUGAUGUUGGUGCGGGGAGGCACCCACAGAGAGGAGGCCAUGGUUGCGGUCAUAAGAAGUGCCUUCUUGGGCCUCUUGCAGACGUGGUUUCUGGUGGCGCUGCCGCAACCCAGUUCGGGCAGCGAGUCCAGUGACAGUGAAGAGACGCUGUUCAGCGGAUCCACGUGGAAGGCGAUCUAUGGGAGCUACAAAUUCCUCGGCUUCACAUGGCAAAUCGUGAUUGAUUGCACCAUGGUUGGAGAAUAUCUGCAACACAUGGGCGACUUCUCUUGGUGGCAAAAUCUCCUCUGCUUGGCACAGUUGCUGUCCAUCAGCCCCAACGCCAAGAGCAGCUGCACCUGGCUUUCAGUGAUGCUGGCGCUGCUCAGCACCGAACUGGCGCGAAGUACGCGGCUUUGCACUUUCAAGGAACAUGUCUUGAUGAAGGUGUUGGUGGUCUAUUUCACCUUGAUGAGCCUACCAUAUGCGCUGCUCCUGUGUUGGACGCUGCUGCCUGGAAUGCUGUUCCUGUGGGUUUUCCUCCCUGGCAUGAUUGUGUGUCUCAGCAUCUCGCCCUACCUGCUGAGGCAGCCAGACAUGGAGCAGUUCUACGACUCAGAGGAGGAAUGGGAUUGCGUUGAGGUGGACUUGCGCGGCACAGCCUUGGAGCGGCCCUUCCAUCUGGCAGGUUACCUUUGGUGGAUUUUGCCUCUGCUGGAUGUGAGUUGCCUCAUUUCUCCAGGCAUUUUGACGAGAUGGUGGGGCACUGAGUCUGGCUACUGGAUUUCUGGAUUUAUGGCUUUUGAUCGCGGCGACCUCUGGGCAUAUUUCAGCGCUGAUCGCUUCCUACAGCUGGCACUGCAUCGCACGCUGCGCUUGGAGGAGAAGCUCAAGAGAAGUUCAGCAAGCGAUUCAUUUGCGCUGCCCCUGGCACACUCUCUGGAGAAUCUCGUUGGUCCUUUAUUGGAGCUGGGCCACCACCAAGAGGCAGAAGCUUUGCUGCUGCGACCACGAUCGGUGCCGCGACAGAGCCUGGACCAGGCCUUGCACGAGGAGAACCUGGCAGCGGCCUUUCAGGGCCAGGGCCGUGUGGCGGAGGCAGAGGCUCUAGUGCGAAGCGCCCUCACAGUGCUGGAAGGAGCCUUUCCAUCCGAGGUGAAAGAUGUCCGUCCUGCUGGCACCCGAGCCAGGCUUGCGCAGAUCCUCCACCAACAGGGUCGCUCCAAGGAGGCUGUGGAGCUCCUGCGGCACGCCUUGAAAGAAUACGAGGGCUCGCUGGGUAACGACCAUCCCCAGACCUUGAACUGUGCGCGGAAUUUGGCCGUGCUGCUGAAGCAAAGUUUGCCGGCCACCGGCAGCACGGCCGGCACGGCCGCGCGGCUCAGGGAAGCCGAGGCGUUGCUCAAGCGAGCAGCUUCCGGCUACGCAAAAGUCCUGGGUGCUGAGCACCCGGAGACGGAACGAUUUCGAAGGCAGGGAGGGCCAGGACAUGACAUUUUCCGAUCCAAAGAUCAGCGUCAAGAUCUGGAGGGCAUGGGUCAAGAAUUUGGUGAAUUUUCGCAAGUGGCGUCGGCGCGUCUGGGUGAUGCUUUGGCCGCUUUCUAUGGCAAUCAGGUUGGAACUUGGUGGCCCAUGCCCAGCGAGCUGACCUACCUGCCUCGCCUAAGGCGAGGAGGUGGCUCAUCGUUUCUCUUCGUAGGGGACAAGUCUGAUGAUGCAGCUCCGGAGAAUGUUCCCGAUGAGGGAGCACUGCAGGAGAAGGAGGAGGCAGAGGAGUUCGCCUUGGACGAGUUUCCGAAGACCUGUCGCAUGGAAUUGAAACCUGGUGAGGGCAGGGCCUGCGAAUCCCCGGAGGUCGAAGGAUGCAUGGACAGCUGCCGAAUUCAGUACCUGAGACCUCGAGCGGUGCAGAAACCGUUGCCAGAGGAAGAGAGGAAGGUAUGUUACAAUGCUUGCAUCGACCAUUGCGUCAUGGGUCGGACACAGGAUGGAUUUGCUCGUCCUCAAUGUCCACUCGUGAACGGCUACAGCGAAAGGUAUUCUGUUUGGGAGAGUUACGAGAAGCUGGACCCUGGGAAAGAGCUGGCCAAAGCUGCAGGCCCAAGCGCCUCGUUUCUCGCUCCGCCAAGCUCCAAAGCCGAGCCGAUUCCGGGCACUGCGAGCCCUCAAGAGGAUUUGGGACCUCUUGAUCCUCAUGGCAAUCCCUUCAAACAGAACAAGGUCUGUGGCCAUGUGUUGGCACCUGGGGAACAACGCUGCUGCGAGAAAAGCACCGUGGAAGCGUGCCAUGAAUGCUGUGUGCAAAGAAACUUCGAUGGGAUACAAGGAGAGCCCAGCAGCGACACUUGCAGAAGAACUUGUGUCAGGAUGUGCUACAAAGGCAAAGAUGGUGACAAAGCUGGGAAACAUCUGCCCAGAUGCCCGGACAAUGCGGAGGCCAAGGUGAGUUUGUAUCCGACCAAUGAGCAGGAUUCGAAGCUCAAGGACUACGUGCAGCUGGAAGGAUGAAGCGGAGAAUGUUUCCGAAACUGCCCAUCAUCUCAAAGUCCGAUUCCAGUGCGUGUUGCUUUGCGCAAAGUGAGUGGUGCAGCGAGAGGGGAAAAAAA